AUGCAUCCCUACCGUUUGUAUAUUUACGAAUCAACAUUUCGUUCGACUGACGCUGCUCUAAAAGUAACACCGAAAAUGCCGGCAACGUUCAACGAGUUCUUGGGACACUUGGAGCCGCGCGAUGAAACUUGUGUCGCUCAACUGCAGGCCGUCCAUCCUCUGAAGCAAUCUGAAUUGAACUACAAUCAGCAUCGUCACAAUCUCAACAUGCAAAUGCUGCGAAAGCACGAGGGGCUUGCGGCACCGCUCAAGAUUGCAAUGGAGCUGAAAGCCGUCUCGAAGGUCGGUCAUUUGCCGUUCCUUCCAUCGUCAAAUGUAGCCCGUGAUGUGCUGACCGGGCACGAUGAGGUGAUCGAAUUCACGGACAUAUUCAACCUGGAGGAACACCAGGAACUUUUGCGUCAACCCCAUGCAGUGAUGGAGAAGGUAUUGGGGAUGUAA